AUGCCACUGAAACAACAGAAAAUGAACUACAAAAUCACAACAAUAGAGGCUAAGGUCACGUUGUUGGAGGCAGAGGUACAUAGGCCUGUAACGACUGUGGAUUCGAUUCAAAUACAGACCAUGCUGAUCUUGGAGAAGCCGGAGGUUCUGUCCCUUAACCAAGAAAAGAAAAAAGUGCGGAUGUUGAAGCCAGUGAUUGGGAUGAAGAGCAAAGCCACCAGAAUGCAACACACUCUGUACGAUUGGGUAGAUUGGCGAUUACAACUGUGGUUGCCAGAGAAAAUUGAGUGUGGCCAAAAGUCACUCGAGAUGUCUACAGCCACUGUCAGUAAUAAGUGA